AUGUAUAGCCUGUCUGGCCCUGGAUCACGACUAAACGCGCUCGAUAACGACGCGUUGCGAAACCUGAAGCUCGCCGAUCCCGAGCCCGCGUCUGGCCAAAACAUUGAAGUUUUGAUCGGCGCAGAUUUGUACGCUCAAGUUAUUCGGUCGGGAUUCCGUCGAAUAUCUCCCGAAGGGCCUAUUGCACAAGAAACUGCAUUUGGCUGGAUAUUAUCCGGACCGAUAGAUGCAGCGAGCAAGGCCCAGGGUCACGUGCGAACGUUGCAUUGCAAUAUACUCGAAUCGCUGGAUCACGCGAUUCGACGGUUCUGGGAAGUUGAAGAAAUCCCUUCGACCUCAGUACUGACAAAAGCAGAGGAAGAAUGCGAAGCGCAUUUCCAAAACACUGUCGCACGGGAUGCAACGGGAAGAUUUAUUGUCCGAUUGCCGUUUAAUCAUCCGAAACCGGAAGGUGCAUUGGGAGAUUCACUCCGUAUCGCCCUCUCCGCAUUGACAAGGUUGAGAAGGAAAUUGGACCAGGAUCAGACCCUCGUACGAGAAUACCAAGAGUUUCUCACGGAGUAUGAGUCGUUGGAGCACAUGACUCGUAUCGAGCCCUCUGAAAAAUCCAGACUCUACAUUCCGCAUCGAGAGGUCAUCCGUACGGAGAGUGCAACUACCAAACUGCGAGUCGUGUUUAAUGCGACGAGCCGUACGGUGGGUGGAAACUCCCUAAACGACAUCCUACACGUAGGGCCGAAAUUGCAGAACGACAUCACGUCCGUUUUGACGAGAUGGAGGCUGUACGAAUACGUGUUGGUGGCCGAUAUCGAGAAAAUGUUCAGACAAAUUCUCGUCGCCCCGCAGGAUCGUCGAUUUCAGUGCAUCUUAUGGCGCACGCCCGAAACCGAAGGGCUUCAAGCCUUCGAAUUAAACACCGUUACGUACGGAACGGCAUAUGCACCAUAUUUAUCGAUGCGUACUCUUCUCGAGCUGAAAAAACGGGACGGUGACAGAUUUCCUCUCGCCGCUCCGAUACUCGAGAAAGACAUAUACGUUGAUGACGUAUUUAUGGGGGCACCCGAUACGACCCUAUUGGAGAAAAUUCGUAUUCAAGUUUGCGAACUCCUACAGGGCGGCGGGUUUAAAUUGAGAAAGUGGGCUGGCAAUUCACAGAAAUUACUGCGAAACAUCCCACAAAAUUCUCACUCCCACGCUGUCGAUCUCACCUUAUUCGAUGACUCCGAACUCAAGGUGCUCGGAUUGCGAUGGAUACCAUCGGGUGAUUACUUCUAUUUCAACCUGCAACGGUUUCAACCGGCUGCAGGUCCGAUUACAAAACGGACUUUGUUUUCCGAAAUAGCCAAACUUUACGAUCCGCUCGGCUGGUUAUCACCAGUCGUAAUUCGGGCGAAGAUUUUGAUGCAAUCCCAAUGGCGGGAAAAAAUCCAGUGGGACGAUCAUGUCUCCGCGAAUACGUUAAAAUCGUGGAACACGUUUUGCGAGGAUUGGAGCAGUUUGGAAAAGGUAAAAUUUCCCAGAUGGAUCCGUUACGGAGCAGACACAGUUUCGGUGGAAUUACACGGAUUCUGCGAUGCUUCGCUCGGAGCGUACUCGGCCGUUACGUAUUUACGCGUAACGACCAUGACCGAGGAAGUUUACACAACCUUGAUCAUGGCAAAAACGAGGGUGGCUCCUAUAAAAACGCAGUCGAUUCCGAUUCUCGAAUUGAAUGGAGCUGUACUGCUUACCGAGCUUAUAGUGCACGUGGGACGGUCACUUUCCAUAAAAAUUGACCGCAUAAUCUGUUGGUCAGAUUCCACUAUUACACUUGCUUGGUUGAAAAAACAUGCUUCGACUUGGAAGGUUGUGAUAGCCAACCGAGUAUCAAAAAUCCAAACCUUGCUUCCGAAGGCUGAAUGGAGACACGUUCCCACCCGCUUCAAUCCCGCGGAUUUGAAUUCGCGCGGUGUCGAAGCAGCGGAACUCAUUCAGUCGAAGCUAUGGAUUUCUGGACCAGCAUGGUUGAGACAAUCUGAAGAAAAUUGGCCGAAAACGCCUGAUUCCAUCGAUACGAGCGAGGGCAAGCGCAUUCCGCACGCCCACGUUGCAACUCCAGAGAAAGAAUGGGAAUUCGUGUUUCGAUUCUCAACCUGGAGUAAGCUACUUCGCGUAACUGCAUAUUGUCUCCGAUUACGAAGACCGAUGCAAGGUGAGCGAAGGUCGUUCGAUGCAAACAUUGUCGAAGCUUCAGAAUUGCAGCUCGCCAAGGAAAGAAUCGUCCGCUACAUACAGCGAACGCACUUCGCGGGCGAGUACCAGUGCUUAAAAAAGCGCAGGGAAAUUCCCGCGAAAUCUCCAUUAAAACGUCUAAACCCGUUCCUAGACGCACACGAUGUCUUAAGGGUAGGUGGACGAUUGGAGAAUGCGACGCUGGCAUGGGAAGCGAAGCACCCCAUAAUUUUGCCAAAACAUCAUGUGUCCACCAUGAUAAUCCGGCAGUGCCACGUAAAUACGUUGCAUGGGGGCUUGCAGCUGACGAUAUCCAUGGUAAAACAGCAAUUUUGGAUCCUCGGUUGCAGAACUACGGCUCGAAAGGUCAUUCAUCAAUGCAUGAAAUGCGUGAGAUGGAGGGCACAAACCUCCACGCAGAUCAUGCAGGAUUUGACCUUGGAACGAAGUCGCCCAGCCCGGGCUUUUCUAAACUGCGGAGUUGAUUAUGCGGGACCGUACAAAGUCCGCGACUCCGCAGGCCGAGGAAAAACAGCUCAUAAAGCGUACAUAGCGGUUUUUGUCUGCUUCGCUACAAGGGCUGUCCACAUUGAACUCGUCCAUGAUUACACGACGAGUGCAUUUUUGGCUGCAUUGGAGCGAUUCAUUGCCCGACGAGGAAUCCCGUCCUGCAUAAGCAGUGACAACGGGACAAAUUUCGUCGGUGCAGAUCGUGAAUUAAGAAAACAUUUCAAUAUGGUGUGUAAAACGCCGGAAAUGCGAAACGAAUGUGGCCAGAAGGGCAUUCGGUGGAAAUUUAAUCCACCCAGUGCCCCUCACUUCGGUGGGAUGCAGGAAGCUGGUGUCAAAUCAGUGAAGCAUCAUUUGAAGCGCAUCAUAGGAGAAUUCACUCCCACGAGCGAAGAAUUACAGACGUUACUCUGUAAAAUCGAAGCCAGUUUAAACUCGCGACCGAUUGCCGCUCUGAGUGACAGCCCAGAUGAUUAG